CACGUGUAUGCACUAGACCGGAAUAGGCAAGGGGAGGCCAAGUCGGCACAGGGAGAAGGCAACGGUCGAUCGAUCCAGUUCAAAUAAGGAGACAAUCAUCCGUCUUGCUGCUCGGCAUUCUCCCCUUUGUCUUCCACCUCAGCCUCUCUGGUGUUGUAUCGCGAAACUCGACAGUAUCAACUGGCCACGUCGAAGCUCAGUUUCUGAAUCACCCGCGGUUUCUUCAAGCGUUCAUACCUCCUGAAUUUUCUUCAAUAUGGCUAAUGACGAGUAUGAUUUUCUCUUCAAAGUGGUGCUCAUCGGAGACUCUGGGGUCGGCAAGUCUAAUCUGCUGAGCCGGUUCACUCGUAACGAGUUCAACCUGGAUUCCAAGUCCACCAUCGGCGUCGAGUUCGCAACUCGCUCCAUCCAGGUCGAUUCAAAGACCAUUAAGGCUCAGAUUUGGGAUACUGCGGGUCAGGAACGAUACCGCGCCAUUACCUCUGCUUAUUAUCGUGGUGCGGUGGGCGCCCUUCUCGUCUACGAUAUUAGCAAACACCAGACCUAUGAUAACGUCAAUCGGUGGUUGAAGGAACUCCGCGAACAUGCCGAUUCCAACAUUGUUAUCAUGCUUGUGGGGAACAAGAGUGAUCUGAGACAUUUGAGGGCCGUGCCUACGGAAGAAGCCAAGCAAUUUGCGAGCGAGAACAAUCUCUCUUUUAUCGAGACAUCUGCUCUUGAUGCAAGCAAUGUCGAGCUUGCCUUCCAGAACAUUCUUACAGAAAUCUAUCGCAUUGUAUCCAGCAAGGCCCUGGAGGGUGGUGAUGCCGGACCAAAUCUCCCGGGUGAUCGCCGUCCGGUGAUUGAGUUCAGCAAAUCUCAGGAUGCCGAGACGAAGCAGGGCUGCUGCUAAAUUCCAAUGCAUAUGGAGAAUGAGACGCUACUUGCAACGACUUUUUUUUUCUCUUCGUUUCUUUUCCCUUUACUGAUUUCUGUGACGCUAUAAUUGAAUGGUCUUCAUUUGCCUUUUUGGUCUGUUACUUAGCCCCCACGAAGAUGGUAUGCAAGGACAAUUACGGACACGGCAGGGAAUGACAGUAAGGGGCUUUGGGUUCAGGGGACUCGAUGUUUGCUGGAUGACAUACACGACCCCAUAGAUAUGUUCUGUCAAUCCUCUUUCUUUUCUUUUCCCCUUUCUUUUCUUUUUGUGCGGCUUCCUCUCGGUCCUCAUCCGUGGGUUAAUGUGCGCCUUUAGUUUUAUGGAAUUGAUUUGAGUGUUGGAUCUACUUGUUUACCGUAACCUUGGAGUUCACUGUAGGAGCGAAGCUUGAACAAGAAUAAUAAGCCAGUCAGUAUUUUCAUCUCGGCCCACAUAUUCCCCUUUGGUGGGGAUCAAUCAUAACAAAGCAGCACGGCCAAGACUGGAAGAUGGGGACUAUGGAUGAUGUUUCACACACCUAUAGCGUUAUUCCCAGGAAGAGUAGGACUUGUAACUGCAAUCCUUUUUAUAACUAUAUUAUGUUCUUCUCUUGACUUGUCCUGCUUUG